AUGGAGAUCGGAACCGGUCGGAUCGUCUCCAAAGAACACCAGAAAAUUUAUCAAGACUGGUUUAAUUUCGCCGAUUCAGAUAAUGAUGGCCGCAUUACUGGAAACGAUGCAAUAAAUCUCUUUGUUAUGUCAAAUUUAUCGCGACAAGAUCUCAAGCAGGUGUGGGCAACAGCGGAUUCUAAGAGACAGGGAUAUCUUGGUUUCAAAGAAUUUGUCUUUGCCAUGCAGCUCAUUUCUCUGGCACAAAAUGGUCGUGAAACAUCGCAUGAUCUCCUGAAUGGCGGCUAUGUAGACUUUGAGAAUGUCAAACCUCCUGUAAUGGAAGGUUUGGAUACAUUAAUCAUGAAGAAGAAACAUUCUUCAAGGUCGAGUAGCCCUGAUAGUAAUGGUAAUGGUAGUUUUCCAAUGCAAACAUCAGCUGCAGCUCAAUGGUUUUCUUCAAAAUCAUCAUUGAAGAUAUCUUUGUCCUCUGUGACUUCAAUCAUAGAUGGCUUAAAGAGACUUUACAUUCAGAAGUUGAAGCCUUUAGAAGUUACAUAUCGUUUUAAUGAUUUUGUAUCCCCAUUGUUGACAAAUAGUGAUUUUGAUGCUAAACCAAUGGUUAUGCUUUUGGGUCAGUAUUCAACUGGGAAAACAACCUUCAUUAAACAUUUGCUUAAAAGUAGUUAUCCAGGAGCUCACAUCGGACCUGAACCAACAACUGACAGAUUUGUUGUUGUUAUGUCGGGAGCUGAUGAAAGAAGUGUUCCAGGGAACACUAUUGCUGUCCAAGCAGACAUGCCAUUCAAUGGUCUUACUACUUUUGGAACUGCAUUUUUGUCAAAGUUUGAGUGUUCUCAAAUGCCGCAUCCUCUGUUGGAGCACAUAACAUUUAUAGAUACUCCUGGAGUGUUAUCAGGAGAAAAACAACGAACACAACGAGCCUAUGAUUUUACAGGUGUAACGUCAUGGUUUGCUGCUAAAUGUGAUCUUAUUCUUCUUCUGUUUGAUCCUCACAAGCUAGAUGUAAGCGAUGAAUUCAAGCGUGUAAUUUACUCUCUGCAUGGUCAUGAUGACAAGAUUCGUGUGGUGUUAAACAAGGCAGACCAAGUUGAUACUCAACAACUGAUGAGGGUUUAUGGAGCCUUGAUGUGGUCAUUGGGGAAAGUCCUUAAUACCCCUGAGGUUGUGCGUGUAUAUAUUGGUUCAUUCAAUGACAAGCCAGUAAAUGAAGCUGCCACAGGUCCAACUGGGAAAGAGCUGUUCGAGAAAGAACAAGAAGACCUUCUUGCUGACUUGAAAGAUAUUCCAAAGAAGGCUUGUGAUCGUCGAAUAAAUGAGUUUGUGAAACGUGCUAGAGCCGCCAAGAUGCAUGCCCAUAUCAUUGGUCAUCUUAAGAAGGAAAUGCCUGCUAUGAUGGGGAAAGCGAAGGCCCAACAGAGACUAAUUGAUAAUUUAGCAGAUGAAUUCGGAAAAGUUCAAAGAGAUCAUCACCUACCUCCAGGGGAUUUUCCAAAUGUGGAACAUUUUAGGGAGGUUUUAAGUGGUUACAACUUUGACAAAUUCGAGAAGCUAAAGCCUAAAAUGAUUCAAGCUGUUGAUGACAUGUUGGGUUAUGACAUCCCAGAACUGUUGAAGACAUUCAGGAAUCCUUAUGAUUAGGUACAAAUUGCUUAGUGCAUAGAAAAUUGGAUUGAAGAGCGCGCUAUUAACUUGUGUCUAAUUUGUUGUAGAUCAUCUGUAAUGGCUCAGAGCGGUUCCAUCAUGUUUACCGGGAAGUUCAUUUCUGUUUAUUAGAUGAUGCCAUCAUUAAAAUUAAACUGAUAUAUUUACGACUUAAAAUGGGUCAUAUAUUUUGUGGGUUAUUACCUUCUGCAUCUUCUGAUCAUAGGCUUUCUUUCCAUCAAACCCACCAGCAUUCUUGCAACCAUUGAUGUUGUUGCCUUUGCUUCCGCCGUGAUCAUCAUGACUUUCAUUUUGAAUGAAGUCCUUUUCUCUGAUGAAAUACAGGCAUAAUGUCAUGGUGCAUAACAAUGUGUGAGGUAUUUUUUGUUUCGAUUUAUUGAAUUUUAUAAUUUUAUCUCAUAAAAUGUAUUUACAAAUAUAAAGGUGGUGCGAAUAUUUAUAUCUAGAGAUCGAUUUUAGUACAUAAUCGAUCAAGAAAUUGACAUUACAUGUUAUAGUUAUUGU